UGAUAUGGCAACUUUGUAAUAAACCUGUUGCCAAUUUUGCCCGAUUGGCUUUCUUCUUGUUUCUUUUAGGCCUGGCUUAGGCCAAAUUAUCUCUCUGGGCGUUCCACAUAACGCUUGAUUUGAUGUGUGGCUGCGACAAGAUCAAUGGUCAAUGGCCACAGCCAUCUGAGGAGGUUUGUUAAUUCAAGUGGUUGUCUCUUGAUUGCCUGAAGUCGAAGACAAUGCAGCAUGGAUCCACCCGCAUUCAGAAACAGGAAGCUCUGCCAAACGCCAUUUCUGGGCCCGACUCCAGCAACUGGACAGCCCUGCACGAGGCGGUGGUGGCAGGGGACGACCGGCGCCUGGAAGUUCUCCUGUCCACAAAUGCUGACCGCAUGGCCAAGGAGUCAAGUCUGGGCAACACGCCGCUCCAUGAGGCGGCCAGUCGAGGCUUCAGUCGCUGUGUCAAACUGAUUUGCGCACCCCCACCCGCAGCCAAGGCGCAGCCCAAGGAGAAGAGCAGGCUCAAGGCAAGGGUGGCCAACACAAUAGAAGCCCUACACAAUAGCGCGUUGGGGGUUGUCAACCACGAGGGCCUCUCUGCCCUGCACUUGGCCGCCCAGAACGGGCACAACCAGAGCUCCAGGGAACUGCUGAUGUCCGGCGCCGAUCCCGAUGUACAAAACAAUUAUGGCGACACUCCGUUGCACACGGCCUGCCGCUAUGGGCACGCGGGGGUCACACGGAUAUUGCUCUCUGCGCUGUGCGAUCCCAACAAGACGAACCUGAACGGAGACACCGCACUGCACAUCACCUGCGCCAUGGGCCGAAGGAAGCUAACCAGAAUCCUCCUCGAGGCUGAUGCACGCCUGGGGAUCAAGAACGCGCAAGGCGAUUGCCCCAUGCACAUAGCCAUCAGAAAGAAUUAUCGCGAAAUAAUCGAGAUCCUGAAUACACCGAAGAAAAUCCGAAAUCGCAAGGAGAAGCCCAAGGAGGGCAGCAAAUCCGACAAGGAUAGGGAUAGGGAUGUAGUGGAUAAGGGAAUUAAUUGGUCGCCCUAUGGCUGCCACUAUUUCCCCGAUCCGCGCGCCUUUCCCUCACCGAAACUGGAAACCCUGCCAAAAGAGCCACUGAAGCCGGGCGAGCAAUAUUUUCUGGAUCUAGCCGGACACAUACACAAGGGGCCCGUGAGCGUGGGCAACACAUGCUACUGCGGCCCCUUCUUCCGACACAUUGAGAACAAACUCAACUGCAACCGCAAGAGCCUGAAGAAGUACGUGAACAAGACCAAGGAGCGUUUGGGUCACAAGGUGCAGGCGUUGGCCAUCAAGACAAAUGAUCAGAUUGAGCAGCUAACGCGUACAAUGAUCGAGGAUCGGCUGCGUUGCGAGAACAAGAGGCAGCAUCUCAGCGAGUUCCUGCGCAGAGGUGAGCCCAUGCGAUCCACGUACGAUAACCAAAACAAAAGUUCACGGAUCGAGCGAACGCUUUCGCGGUGUCGCAGCCUGGAGCUGCUGGAACUGGAUAAAAACUACGAAACUGGCAGACUGACCAACUCCAGGAGUGUGGACGUGCUGGAGGAUCAGGCCGUAGAAGCUAUUGUUCAUCAAUCACCCGAAGUGGAGCUCGAAAGUGACAGCGAUGACGACUCAGACACUGCCAGAGAGGAUGCUGCUGUGGAGCUCGCGCCGUGUCGAGCGGAGGCCGAACAAACAGUAGAAGUCGCGCAACUGGAGCAUUCGAAGCUCGAUGAGCUGAAGCUGGAUUUCCUGAAGGUGUCCGAGCGCUUGGGUGUUCUGCUGGAGAAGACAACGUUGAUUAUGGAAAGGGAUAGCGAACAGGAGAGCAAGCAUCAGCUCUCCUCGCUCUCCCCGCCCUAUAAACCGAGUCCCGGUGCCGAGUCAGCCCGUCUGCGAGAAGACAAGGAGAGCGUCAAUAGCCCCAACUUUGAUGAGUACACGCACGUGCUGCGGCGCUACCCGAACUCCAGUGAAACUUCAAAUCCCUCGCAGAACUCCAACAGCUGGGACUGGGAGGCAUCACCGACCGGCAGUCAUCCACCGCCAGGCGACUACCACAAGUACUACCAUCGAAUCGGGCGCGGAGAGAACAUGCUCAACUCCGUGAUCAAAGCAUUGCGAAAAGACGCCUCCUUUGCGGAGCUGAGCAAGGAGGAAGCUGCCCUCAACGAGAGUGCGGACAGAAUCUGUGGCGAUAAGUUAUUGUACAAAGAGAAGGCCUGCGAAGCAGCAGCCCUUGGGCAGCCACACUCCAGCGGCGGCCAGAGAGGGGUCUCCAAUCUAAUGAAGAGACAACCGCUCUGCCUGGAGGACAGCUUUCCCACCAUGUCGAAUAUGUUUUACUCGAACCCCAUUAUGGAGUAUGCGGAGGAAGCGGAGAUCAGGCAGAAUGGCAGCGAGGCGACCGUGGGCAAAGUGGAGAUCAGAAACAGCGAAAUCAAAUGCCUCAAAAAGCCAAAUAUGGGUCAGGUCAGAGGCAUGGUGGCCCAACUGCAAAGCACAAUAGACUCCAAUCGACCGGCAGGACAGCAGCAGGACACGCAGCCAGCAAAUUUGGUAUCCUCGCGAUCGCCUUCGCAUCUGAACAACAAUUUCCAGCACAUAGAAGCUGCCUCACUGAACCCAUCGCCAACGUACAGCAUACCCCACAGAAUUGUUCCUCAAUUCGGCAUCCCCGACAGACACAUACCAAAGGAUGCCUACUUCCAUGAGCUGCCACAUCGUCCCCAGCCCCCGCCUCCACAGCCUUCACACAGGCGAAUCAGCUCUGGCUACGUACCAAAUGGAAAUUUCUAUCGCAAUGAGGAACAACUCUAUGCGGGACAAGUGCGCGCCACUCCCCAAUCCAAUGUAUCUCUGAGCGGAGAGUACGUUAAUCGCAUCACCUACAGGCCUCUGCAGUCGCCCCAUUCCCACGGAAUUGUCACGCCAAAUCCAAGCACACAUCCGAUUGCCUGGCAGAAUCGCCUGCCACCUGAGGAUAUCGAUGUGGAGGAGUUGUCAGCGAAUGGCUUAUACAAUAAUGUCUCGAGUCUUGUUUGAGUCUUCGUCGGAGUUUUCCCCCAUUGUACAUAGCUAAUCUAAUAUAUUUAUCAUAAUUUAAUCACAUACUGUACUAAAGCAAAACAAUUUAA